AUGAGGCUUGAAGCUGAGGAUUUGGAUGAAGUUUUGAUCAAAUCCCAUGGAUGAAGUUUGAUACAAUCCCAAGGCUGAAUGAAGUUUUCAUCAAGUCCUAGGACUGGAUGAAGUUUGAUCAAGUCCUAGGACUGGAUGAAGUUUGAUCAAGUCCUAGGACUGGAUGAAGUUUGAUCAAGUCCUAGGACUGGAUGAAGUUUUGAUCAAGUCCUUGGACUGGAUGAAAAUGAAAUUUUGUUCAAGUGGCGGACGUGUUUUUUUUUAACUGCGCAUUUUUAAAAUAAAUAAACAUUGUUUAACUCUUUCCAACAAGGCGUUCAAGCAAGUUAUAGUUGUUCAUAGUUGGAACGUGACUCAGUGUUGCCGGUGUAACGGAAAUGGGACAUGUAGAUCGUGUAUUUGUGCUAGAAACAACCGCGUUUGCACAAAUUGUAAGCCAGGGAAAGAUAAACGAUGUGAAAAUCAAAAUCAAAUAGGAAAUUUGCCAAGCUUACUUCAAGAUGGAUCGACAUCGCACGUUAAUCAACACCAAGAACCCGAAAGCGAUGAAAAUGAAGUAAUAAUUUCAGAACACACACCAGAUUAUAUCCCAAUGCAAUCUCCAGUGUUUCGAUGGGGUGAAGUCGAAGGCGAAGCAUUUGCUCAAGCUAUCCAAGAAAGCUAUAAAGAAGUGGUUCAUUGGAGACGAAACUUGUUUAAAACUCCAUCCGGCCAGGCUGGUAAAUCCUUUGUGCGCGAGCUUACUCGAAUGUUUCAAGCUUAUGCUGAUAUAUCGUCACUUGAGAGUGUGGCUUUAACAGCCACAAUGGUUAUGCCUGCUCUUUUACUCCAGAAACCACAUCCCAAAUCUAAGGCAAAAGAGCAUACUUUGUAUCUAAAUCGUAGACUUAAGCAAUGGAUGAAUGGGGAUAUCAAUGGUCUGCUAGAUGAGGGUCGUGCUAUCCAAAAAUGCUUAGUCAGACAAUCUAAGCAGCGGUCAUCUGAUGAUACUGCGCGAGUUUUCGCAAAGUUGAUGAUGCAGGGUAAAGUAAGAGCAGCACUUCGGAUAAUAUCGGAAGACGAUAGAGGAUGUCUGACGUUAGAUAGCUGUGUUGCCCCUGACAAUCCCAAGACCGUCAGACAAGUCCUUUUAGAGAAGCAUCCACCUAAUAUACCACCUGUUCAAUCGGCGAUACUAAAUGGGGAUUGCAACAUGGAACCACACCCAGUUAUUUUUGAUAGGAUUGAUGGAGAGUUGACACAGAAUACGGCCAUUAAAACAGAAAGAGCCGCAGGACCAUCUGGUCUAGAUGCAAUGGCCUGGCGACGACUCUGUACAUCUUUUAAAUCAUGUUCAGUUGGUCUAUGCGAUGCUUUAGCCGCAGUUGCUAGAAGAAUCUGCACUUCUCUUGUUGAUCCAUCAAGUUUAACAUCAUUUGUUGGUAGUCGCUUGAUUGCGCUUGAUAAAUGCCCUGGAGUACGUCCGGUCGGUAUUGGUGAGUGGCUCGGCGUAUUAUUGGUAAAGCGAUUGUCAGAGUGA